UGCGGCCGCGCCUUCGCCGACGCCGCCAACCUGGCGCGCCACCUGCGCGCGCUGCACCGCCGCCUGCGCCCGCACGCCUGCCCGCUCUGCCCGCGCCGCUUCUCGCGCGCCGGCCACCUGCGCGACCACGUGGACGCGCACUCGGGCCGGCGCGACCACGUGUGCGACGUGUGCGGCAAGGCGUCGGCCUCGCGCGCCGCGCUGCGCAUGCACCGGCGCACGCACGACGCGCGGCCGCGCCACGCCUGCGCGCUGUGCGGCGCCGCCUUCAAGCGCCGCGGCCAGCUGCAGGCGCACGUGUCCGUGCACACGGGCCAGCGCGACCACGUGUGCGCGUGCGGGAAGGCCUUCCGCCUGCGCAGCCAGCUCGCCGCGCAUGCGCGCCGCCACCUCGCCGCCACCUCGCCGCCACCUGCCGCCGCCAGCUGACCUCCUCGUCCUGGCGAGCCCCGCUCGUUUCGGACUACGCUAAGUGCGAGAGGUCCGAGCGCGGAAAUUAUUUUGACUCGCGCAUUCGUCGGUACUCUAUAGAGAAGAGCAAAGAGAUGGACGCGGCGAUGCAAAUAAUCUUAACAAAAAAAAUAGCACGUCAUGUUACGUGAUCACAUAUGAAUAUAUUUGGAGCACUGCCAUCACGUUUCACAGUAAUACACAUUCAACUCAUAAUAUCUAACCGGCCGCCCCGGGUCGACUGGCCGGCGAACGAAUGCUGACCAACCAGUCUUCCCCGCUAAACCUGCUGCACAGACGCGGACGCUCCUGCGCCUGCGCAUGCACCGCCCUGCAGGAUCGGACGUCCACACGCAUCGCCACAUUACGUUGUGUAAAGAAUAGAUUUUUUUAAUCGCGUGUGUGUUCAGCGGCAGCUCUACACUACACGACCGAUAUCGCUGUGAUUAUUGCCGGUAGAACACUGCAUGCCGCGUGCCGUGUCGAAUAUGGAUUUAAUUGUGAAUAAGUUAAUAAUAACUAGUCUUGCGUUUAUUUUUAUUGAAACGAGAAAUAUAAAAUGUAUAUUUGA